AUGGCGGGCUACUGGGACGUGGAAGCAAUCUUCGCGGAGACGCACGCUGUCCCGGCGAGGUUCUCGGUUCCUGCGCCAGGCCUUGGGCACGCGCUAGAUGGCGACCUGGGCGACCACGACCUCCCGCAGGGCACGCGCGUGAACCUGCCCCUGUGGCUCGUCCCGGAGCUGGCGGCGCGACACUUCGUAACGGUGCCCGCGAUGCCCAAGACGUUCGGGAAGGCGGUGCGGAGGGACCUGGAGGCGGAGUCGGCGGCCGUGGCGCUGCGGUCGCGAUGCCCGCACUUUUACACUGCGGCAACCAAGCUCGGGGCGGCCGCGCCGGGGCUGCGCGCGGACGCGAACGACCCGGACGAGAAGCCGCUGCACGAGUUCGCGCUCCUGACGUUCGAGGCGCGCUUUCGGGGCCUCGUCGCGCAGUCGUUCAGGGGGGACAGUUUGGGGGGGUGUGAUCCGCGGGUGCUGCGGAUGACGAACGAGGAGCGGCGGCUGCACGACCUGGCGCAGAUAUCGCAGCGCAUGAUCAAGCACUGGGAGUUUGACGAGCGCCGCAUGCAUGCGUACAAGGAGCGGUCGCGGCGGCCACUGCUGGGGCUCGGGAACGCGGGCGGGCGGGAGAAGCGGCCGCGGCACUGA